AUGGUUUUGCCUGGAUUGCGAUCUUUGCCCUUUUGGACCAGCUACGACGCAUCCUCCGACACGAACCGAAUUGCCUACCAAGAUCCCACAUUGACGCAUGUGGUGGAGCAUUUGCAAGCCAAUGUGGAGACCAUUCGACAAGAAUACCACCGCGUCGCACCAUCACUCGACAGUGAUUACAACCAACACGACAAUGAACACUCGCUCCAUCAAGGAAAAUGGGACUGGCACAGCUACAUGACCAAAGGCGUCAUUCAAGGCCAAUUUGCAACAAAGUUCCCCGAGACGACCCAGAUAUUACAAACCCUACGACAAACACUCACCGCCAACACACCCAAAGGAGAGCAGCCCAGUUGGCUGCUACUCGAGAAUAUUCCCUUUGGGUACUCCUUUUUCUCCACCUUGCAUCCGCAGUCCAGCAUUCAAGCCCAUACCAGUCCCAUGAACUUGCGAUGGCGGAUUCAUUUGCCCUUGGAAGUUCCUGCCAAUUCCAAUGAAAUCGAUGAUGCCGAUGGUAUGCCACUCUGUGGCAUCCGAGUGGGCCAACAAGUACAAACGUGGACUCAGGAAAAGGCGCUCGUACUCGAUGAUUCCUAUGAUCACGAAGUUUGGAACCGGACCAAUCACAAGCGGGUCCUGUUCUUACUCGAUAUUUGGCAUCCCGAUAUACCCAUCAAGGAACGAAAGGAUAUUGUGGGAAUGUUCCAGCAUGCACAAGAGCAAGGGUGGUAUAGUAAAUAA